AAAAAAACAUGCCAACACAACACAAAUAUCAUGGAAACCGCACACUGCUCUGAGCAACAGUUACCUUCCGGAGCUGAUGACAUGUUCAAGAAAUUGAAGCUCCACACUUUAUGUAAUUGGCAAGAACGAUAUACGACUCGAUAGUUACCUUCGAUACUCUAUUGCUCCUGGGAAGAAAGUUGUAGAGGCUGCUGAUCUUGGUGCCGAUAAGCGCUCAAGGGUCUUUGACGAGGAGUUUCUAUUUGGGAUGUUGUCAAAUUAUUUGAGGCAUGUAUAAGAACCAAUUGCAAGAGUUGGCUCAGAGAAGUUGCUUCAAUUUGCCAUCUUAUUCAUGCAUCCGAGAAGGUCCAGACCAUGCCCCUCGAUUCAAAUCAACAGUCAACUUCAAUGGGGAAACUUUUGAAAGUCCUACAUUUUGCUCUACUCUUAGACAGGCAGAACAUGCUGCAGCAGAAGUAGCAUUGAACACACUUGCAAAAAGAGGCCCUUCCAGAGCAUUGGCUGCAAGAGUAUUGGAUGAAACUGGAGUUUACAAGAACUUGCUUCAGGAAACUGCUCAUAGAGCUGGGUUGAACCUUCCUGUUUAUACGACUGUUCGAUCUGGACCAGGCCAUGUUCCUGUGUUCUCAUGUACAGUUGAGCUUGCUGCGAUGGCUGCUUGGACAGCCCUGAAAAGAUUGGCUGGACGUGGCUCGACUUCUUCAGCGGAGUCUAGAGGCAAUGAAGAACAGGAACAAGUAAUUAUUGCUCGUAUUCUUGGAAGUUUUCAGCCGUCAGAGUCUAAAAAUACUCAAAGCGAUCGCCGACAUGGACAGCAGACAUACAUUCCCAUCUACAACAAAUCUACCCUGCCAUCACCAAGCUUAUAUCCUAUGCAAUUCCAGAACUGGGCAUAUUCUAAUUAUUCCCCUGAAAUAGCAAUGUAUGAAUUGUGGCAGCAAGAGCAAUUAUUACCGCAACAAAAUUGCCUGCUGCCGCUUCCUGUUUCACUAGCUACUCCAUCUAUUCCUCAGAUGUUUCCAUUUAUGCAAUCUGUGCUCCACCCUGAUCACCGUCUAUACUUUCCAGCAAGGGAGCAACAGUCAACCUCUGCGGGACCUAGAAUUACAAUUGCUACAUCAGGCCCAUCAUUCUGCUUCUCAAACCAUUUAGUUCCUAACCCAAUCAGGGGCAAGUCCACAGUGACUAUUCAAGAGAUACAGGAAGAAAAGCCAGAAGAAUCACCCGAGUACUCUCCAUCUGUAGUGUCAGAUCCCUUUAGUCCUGGAAACAGCGGCACUGAACUAAGAAUCCAGGAACAAGUUCAGGAUGAGAAACGGAAGCUUGGUGAGUUAGGAAGCAAAGUUGGAAGCCUUCAGCUGGAAUGCAACCCAACUGGGCAAUUUGGAUGGCCUCACCCUAGGAUGAUGGAUUCUAGUUCUAAGCCAGUUGACUUUGGAUUACAAAGGCCUCAUGGCUUUGACUCUUGUAGGCCCAAUUUGAGACCCCAAAAUCCUCCAAGAGUAAGUACUUCUACAAGCCUAAGACCACAAUUUGCUGCAGAUCCUGUAAUAAUGAGAACUGUAAGGCCUACUUCUUCACUGGGGUCAAGACCACAAAAUUUCCCAAGCAGGAUUCCUGCUCCACCAAGAAUGAGAACUGGGAUUCCUUUGUCUUCAGCUGCACCCAUGCCUGAAAGAAAAGAACUGGGAGGACUACGACCUAGCUUCAUGGCACCAGCUGUUCGAAUUAGAUCAGUUGUACCGGUUUGUUCAGCUCCACCAGCAAGAAAAUUGCCAAGCUCCAGCCAGAGGAGAGAGUUACCAAACAUGGAGAAGAAAGAUACCAAUCAAGAAGACACGUCAAAAGCAAGUUGAGUGCUUAGUAAACUUCAUAUAUGAUUCAAGUAUAGAUAAUACAGAAGUCCUAUUAGUUUUUUGGUAGUUUAUGUUGUUAGCCAUUGAUGCUUCUGCAAAGUAAUUACAAAUAAAGCAGUAGUUUAUUUUAUUUUUUUGGAAUUCCUUGUAUAAAUUUGAGAUCAGAUUCUUUGAGCUUUAUCAGGAUUGAGACAUUCAUUCUUAUUUUUC